AUGCAGAAUCGAGGUGCCAAGAAGCAGCGUACGGAGAACUGGCGCCUGUUAGAAUACGUGCGAGAUGAUCCUUCUCCCGAGGAACUGCCGAUCAGGAAGGCUGACUCUAAGCGCGAUGCGGAAGUUGGCCUUGAUUGGUGUCGGAUGGUUGACUCAGAUUUAUGUGAUGGGUCGGAGUCUGGUGGACUCUGCGGUCGGCUCAAGUUCAACUGAUUAGGAUUGCUCUGCGUGCGAGAAGAGAAAGCUGGGUAG